GUAGGAGCUUUAAAGUGCCUAUAAUGCAUAUAGAUAAAGAAAAACAGGAGGUGUAUGUGAAUGAGAAUGUGAGGUCAGGUGACCAUAAUGAUAGUAUUUUAGUUAAUGAAGUGUUGGAAAGUGAGUCAAAAGGAAAAGUUGACAAUAAAAAUAUUAAAGAAGAAAAGGUUUCUGUCGAUAAAAAACUAUCUGUAAAAAACCAAUUAGUUAGAAUAGUAGAUAGUUUGAAUAUAGAAGCACAGUAUAAAGCAAAUAUAAAGCAAUUGUUUAAAGCAAAUAAAGUUUUGUUUGCAAAUGGAUUAGAAGAGCUUAGAAAACUAAUCACAUGA